UCCGGGCACUACGGGGAGGAUGCUGCGCGAGCGGACGGUGCGGCUGCAGUACGGGAGCCGCGUGGAGGCGGUGUACGUGCUGGGCACGCACCUCUGGACCGACGUCUACAGCGCGGCCCCAGCCGGGGCCCAGACCUUCAGCCUGAAGCACUCGGAGCGCGUGCAGGUGGAGGUGGUGCACGACAGGCAGCCUGAGGAGGUGACGGCCAACGGCAAGCAGCGCUGGCCUCUCUCGCCCAGCACCACGCUGCGGCUCACCAUGAGCCAGGCGAGCGCCGAGGCCAGCAGCGACAAGGUCACCGUGAACUACUAUGAGGAGGAGGGGAUCACCCCCAUCAACCAGGCUGGGCUCUUCCUCACAGCCAUUGAGAUCUCCCUGGAUGUGGAUGCAGACCGGGAUGGCGUGGUGGAAAAGAACAACCCAAGAAAGGCAUCCUGGACCUGGGGCCCUGAGGGGCAGGGAGCCAUCCUGCUGGUGAAUUGUGACCGAGACACACCCUGGUUGCCCAGAGAGGACUGCAGCGAUGAGAAGGUCUACAGCAAGGAAGACCUCAAGGACAUGUCCCAGAUGAUCCUGCGGACCAAAGGGCCCGACCACCUCCCCACCGGAUACGAGAUCGUUCUCUACAUUUCCAUGUCGGACUCGGACAAAGUGGGCGUGUUCUACGUGGAGAACCCGUUUUUCGGCCAGCGUUAUAUCCACAUCCUGGGCCGCCGGAAGCUCUACCACGUGGUCAAGUACACGGGUGGCUCUGCCGAGCUGCUGUUCUUCGUGGAAGGCCUACGUUUUCCCGACGAGGGCUUCUCGGGCCUGGUCUCCAUCCACGUCAGCCUGCUGGAGUAUAUGGCCGAGGAGAUCCCCCUGACACCCAUCUUCACGGACACCGUGACAUUCCGGAUUGCUCCGUGGAUCAUGACCCCCAACAUCCUGCCUCCUUUGUCGGUGUUUGUGUGCUGCAUGAAGGACAAUUACCUGUUCCUGAAAGAGGUGAAGAACCUGGUUGAGAAAACCAACUGUGAACUGAAGGUCUGCUUCCAGUACAUGAACCGGGGAGAUCGCUGGAUCCAGGAUGAAAUCGAGUUUGGCUACAUCGAGGCCCCCCACAAAGGCUUCCCUGUGGUUCUGGACUCCCCCAGAGACGGAAACCUGAAGGAUUUCCCAGUGAAACAGCUCCUGGGCCCAGAUUUUGGCUACGUGACCCGGGAGCCCCUCUUUGAGUCUGUCACCAGCCUUGAUUCCUUUGGGAACUUAGAGGUCAGUCCGCCAGUGACCGUGAAUGGCAAGACAUACCCCCUGGGCCGGAUCCUCAUCGGGAGCAGCUUUCCUCUGUCUGGUGGUCGGAGGAUGACCAAGGUGGUGAGGGACUUCCUGCAGGCCCAGCAGGUGCAGGCACCCGUGGAGCUCUACUCAGACUGGCUGACCGUAGGCCAUGUAGACGAGUUCAUGACAUUCGUCCCCAUCCCAGGCACAAAGGAAUUCCGGAUGCUCCUGGCCAGCACCUCGGCCUGCUACAAGCUCUUCCGAGAGGAGCAGAAGAAGGGCCACGGGGAGGCCAUCAUGUUCAAGGGCUUGGGUGGAAUGAGCAGCAAGCGAAUCACCAUCAACAAGAUUCUGUCCAAUGAGAGCCUCGUGCAGGAGAACCAGUACUUCCAGCGCUGCCUGGACUGGAACCGCGAUAUCCUUAAGAAGGAGCUGGGGCUGACGGAGCAGGACAUCAUCGACCUGCCUGCCCUCUUCAAGAUGGACGAGGACCGCCAGGCCAGAGCCUUCUUCCCAAACAUGGACCUGGAAAUUACCUGGCACACCUGGGGCCACACAGUGAGGUCAUGGGGAGAGAGAGAGAGAAAACCCAUGGAACUGGGGUUCUGCUUUUAUGGGAGUUGAGGGUGAGGGCCUAGGAUUUUGAGAGCUCACUCUUUAUUGGUGAAUUUAAAGCAUAACAGUGGGAAUCUAAAGCGAGGAAAGAGGAAAAGGGCAGGUGGCCCAAAUGGUCGCUUAUCAAAAGCAAUCAAGCUCUCUAAAAGAAAGGAGCCUCAGUGGGGGGAGGCGGCCUGGCUCUUCAUCCAGUUGUGUGGCUGGCAAGGUGUUUACUCAAGAUCGCCAUGUCUGAAGUGGAUGCCCAGCAACCAGAGCUGAGUCAGGCGCUCGUAUUAGAAGAAGGAGAAAAUCUGACUGUCAGGGUUCACGCUACAGGGGCCUGGGCACCUCCCUCCUUCCCUGAGUUCUCCAGACUCUUCACACCCCCGGAGAAUCCCCCUGCCUGACGUGGACUGGAGGCCGCCAUUGAGGGGCCUUGCCUUGCCUUCCCUCAGAAGGGCCUCAGGGUCCACGAAGUCCCCCCCUGAGCCUCCAUGCUGUUCUUCCUGAAAAUAGCUGGACAUUUGGCCAGUGUCUACAUAGCCCUGACGUGAAAAACAAAACAAAACAAAAACCACUUCACCCAAACCCUUCCCCAAAGAAUCUUCAGUCUGUUGUCUGAAAUUGAAUGAGGGGAGAAGGGAAGGAGGCUCUGGCAUGACCAGCUGUCCCUGUAGCCGUGCCUUGUGGGUCAAGGUAGAUGGCAUGCAAAGGGAUUCUGGAACCCCAGAUGUACCUUGAACUGUCAUCAUCCUUUGAAAUUCACCUCCCUUGGCCACCUGGACACCCCCAGUGAUUCAUUCCUUAAGAGCCUCUGUCAAAUCCCCUUGGCUUUCCCUCUGCGGUGUAGACACCGCUGGCUAGCCUCCUUAGACUCAGACUCCCUGAGGGUCCAGUAAUUGAGCUUAGAACCUUCCCUGGAAGUGGAUUUUAUCAGAGCAGCCUUCUCUGUUUACAAGAUUCUUAUGCUGCUUCUUUCUUAUGGACCCAGGCUCUCCCAGAUGCUUGGGGGUUUCUCCCCACACCAGCAUCCUUGUGGCCUGAGAAUUCACUGUAUAAAGAUGCCCCAGGGUGAGCUAAAUCCAUCUUCUCUUGCUGGGUUCUCUGGCUGGUCCCUGACCUCCCUCCUCUCACAGCCUCUACUUCCUAUUCCAAUACCGUCUCUCCAGACAGCUAGACAAGGACUUCUUCCCCACCAGCCAGGCUCAGACCUUCCCCCAGGACACAAUGAAAGACCUGCCCCUCCUCUCCAGACCUCAGAUCCAACACAUAAAGACCCUGACCUAACCUCCAGCCUGAACAGCCAGUUCUAGGCCAGCUGCUGGCCUUAGAGACGCAUUGAUUAUCCCAUUGAAGUUUCUCAGUGCAUUUGCUGAAGACCCUCUCAUUUGGACAUAAUCAGAUUCAUUCUCUGGCUCCAACUGAAAAGAUUCAGUUUCAGCUAAAAAAAAUUCCUUUAAGGCCAGCUGAUUCAGGAGAAUAAGUGAAUUAUAAUUCCACUUUGAGGGUUAGAGAGGAACUGAUAUAUAACCAAUGAAAAGGUUGUAAAUUUGUAUUCUUGGAGAAUGGGAUUCUCUUCUUGGAUUAUCCACUCAUUCAACAAACAUAUAUUGUAUGCCUCCUAAGAACCAGACACAGUGGUGGGCCCCGAGGACACAGUGCUUAGUAGCAAAGUGCAUCUGGCCCCUGCUUCAUGGAGCCAGUCAGUUCCCAACCUGAGAUGCCCAUACUUAAAUGGCCAGCAUUUGCCCUUUCAGUGAUGUGCUCUUUAGAAAUAUCAAUUCGCUAUAUUCAGGAAAUGCACAGGACACAGAGCUUCCAGCAAGUCGCUAUCUCGGUGAAAUGAGGGGGUUGGGUCUUCUUUAAACAGUCCUCCUUCCCAUCCAGCUGGGCCAGUACCGCCUAACAUAUCAGACCCCAGGGCCUUCAGAAGCUGUUGUCCCCCACUUUGAGGACAGUGGCUCCUGCCUUUGGGGGCCAAAGCCCCAGAUCUCUCCAUCCCCAGAGCUGAAGACAGCAAGUGCCUAUUUGUGGAUGUUUAUCUGGAGACUUAG